AUAAUUCAUCUCUCACUGGAGCAACAAUACUAGGAGAGAGUGUGCAACCUGGCAGCUAUGCAUGCUCUGCUCUCUCACUUUCACUGCAACACCCUUUUCUCUUUACCUUGACUCCCCAUCUCCCGCUACCCAAUAAAUUUUCCUUCAAUCCCUUGCAUUUUCCCUCAUUUUCUCUCAUUUCCUCUUUGUGGGUUUUUGAUUUUUUUGCAACCUUCACAGGUUAAAUUCAUGUUUUCCAUUUUCUCACCCCAAUCGAGACAUGCACCAUUCUUUUCUUCUAAAUUCAGAAACAUUCAUCUAGAUUCUCCAAAAUCUAAUUUCUCUCCACUCACAUUUUUGUAGCUAUUACUAUAAGAAGCCUUUGAAAGAAAAUAGUAAUAGAGAAAAAUGAAAGUGUCCACAAAAGAUUCUGAGAAGAUAAUCUGGGAUCAGAUGAGGAGCCCAUCUGGAAACCCGAUUUCUGGUACCGGAUCACAGACUAGAAUCCUUCCAAAACUCAUGGUAUGGUUAAUCCUAUUUGUUUCACUUACCUAUGUUGUUUAUACUCUCAAACUAGUCGCCACCUCACGCGCCUGCGACCAUGAGCCUUUCUCUACCCAUCAUCAUCUCUCUUUGGCCUCUAAUGGUUCUCAGUCCUUGAUUCAAAAUCACACGGUAACGAUUCCCCGGAGAGGUAAUCAAGAAACCGAUCAACCUACGGAGAUACGACACGUAGUUUUUGGCAUCGCUGCGUCGGCGAAGCUAUGGCAGCAGAGACAAAAUUACAUCAAGAUUUGGUUCAAUAAGAGUCAGGGAAUGCGAGGCAUUGUGUGGUUAGAUGAUUCUGUCAAGACCCGACAAGGAGACGGGUUGCCUCCGGUUAAAAUUUCCGGUGAUACUUCCCGUUUCGCAUAUAAGAACCGGCAAGGUCACCGGUCGGCGAUCCGGAUCUCUCGGAUCGUAUCCGAAACUUUGCGUCUGGGUCUCGACAAUGUGCGGUGGUUCGUGAUGGGAGACGACGACACUGUUUUUAUAACGGAUAAUCUGGUUAGAGUUUUGAGGAAGUAUGACCAUAACCAGUUCUAUUAUAUAGGGAGUUUAUCGGAAUCCCAUUUGCAAAACAUCUAUUUCUCUUACGGAAUGGCAUAUGGUGGCGGUGGGUUUGCCAUAAGCUACCCAUUAGCAAAAGCGCUUGUUAAAAUGCAAGAUAGGUGUAUACAGAGAUACCCUGGACUGUACGGAUCCGAUGAUAGAAUGCAGGCUUGUAUGGCCGAGCUCGGAGUACCACUCACUAAGGAAACCGGUUUUCACCAGUCAUAUCGCCGAAUUUCGUCCGAUGUAUUUUGUAGCAGUAGAAGUUUUGAUUUGCAUUCAAUUGCUGGAAUGGGGUGUCAAGCGAGACGCGUAAUCGCGUCUCGGUACUAUCGUAGACGGUAAGAUUGGUGCGUAAACUCACGGUAUUGAGGGUUAGGGUUUUAGUCCAAACGCAAGCGGGUGAUUAGCUCAAUGUUUGUCCGUUUAUUUAUAGGUGUCGCGGAUUGGGACCCACGUGUUGUAGCUAUACUUUGUACGUGAUUCCGUUUACACCUGACACGAGUAUCUUAUUGCGUGUAAAUCACGCUCCUUGAUCAAAUUCCAACCGGAGCCUAUGUGGGAUUAGCUUUGGAAGAGCUCCUAAGGGAUAUUUCAAUUCCAUUUUAUUGAAGAAUUGAAUUGAAUUUUUCUCGAAGAAUUAUUCCGAACUCCAUAUAUAUUAUUAAGUGAUUAAAUGUAAAUUAUAAUAAUGAUAUUCAUAUAAUUUGAUUAUGAGGCUAGUUCACAUAAGUGUAAUUCUUGCAAUAUUAAAAUUGAAACGUCGUGAAUUUCAUUACUUCAAAAUUAUAUAUUUUUCUACAUAUAUCUCAUUACUCAUUUCAAAACAUGAAAUUUGACAGAUAAAAUUAUGAGAAAUUGAAUCCUUGUAGGAUUUGGUUUUUUAAACAGGGGUAUCUGAUUUCAUUAUGAAGUGCAUUAUUGGCAAUUUGGCAUGCAUUGCCUCCAUAGAUAAAAUAUAAUAUGCUCUUUAAUGGAAAAACACCUGUGACACUACUAGGUCAUCUUGUGAUAUGUGGGAGGUUAAAAUUUAUUGUUGCGUUGUGAUAUGUAGAAGGUUAAAAUUUAUUGAUGCCAAACCUUAAUCAAUCUAUACUUUGCUUUGCAAUUGCAUUGGUUAGGAACUUAAGAAUUUUAGAUAAUUUCGACAGCAGUGGGUUGCCCUGCAUAGAGCUAUAGUAUGGGCCUGCUUUGUGCAUCUACCAAUAUUUGGUGGAUGGGGAGGGAUUAAUUUUGUUGAGUGAUCAAUCAGGUUACGUGAGAUUGGCAUUCUAUUUGUGCACUUAUUGUAUUUGUGCACUUAUUGUAUAAGUGGUUAAAGUCAAGAUAAAAUGAUUGUUUCAAUUAGAGAAUGGUUCAUGUUGGGAACCAAUUUGAACAUGCAAUCUCACAGUUGUGAGAAAGAAUUUAAAUUUCUAAGGCUACUGAGUCAAAGCUUAUUGGUUAUUGAGCUGUAAAUUUCAUUCUAGUAAUUUCAUGAGUUGUGAAGUGUUGAUUGUAAG